UGGGCUUGUCGGGCUUCUGUAGGAGAUCCCCUUUCCUCUGUCUCUUCUCCUCACAGUCACACCAUGGGUCCUUCCUCCAACUUUAUUUUGAUGUUUUUGUGUUAGUUUUCUGUUGCUUUGCGAUUAACGGUCUUCGUCUGGAUUUCGUUAACUCAUCUGGACACAAUGUUCACCUCCACUGGCUCUCGGGGCCUUUACAAGGCUCCCCUGUCUAAAGGCCUCCUGCUGGUUCUCAAUGGGCUGACUGUGAUGCUCACCCUGCUGCCACAGUACCAAGAACUGUUCGUAUACAACCUGCAGGCUGUCACACAGCAGCAUCAGGUCUGGAGGUUGUUGUGUGGCAGGCUGGUCUGUCUAGAUGUGAAGGACUCCUUCUGUAGCAGCCUGCUCAUUUACAACUUUCGAGUCUUUGAGAGGAGGUUUGGCACCAGGAAGUUUGCCUCCUUCCUUUUGGGCACUUGGUGUCUCUCUGCGCUGAUGGACUUCCUGCUGGCCCAGGCUUUCCAGUUUCUCUUUGACUAUGAGGUGGAGGAACUGCCUGCAGGACUGCUCGCUCCAGUCUUCUCUCUAUUUGUGCCUUUCUACCGGUUGAUCCCCAGGAUGCCCGUCACCCAGGUUCUGGGCCACAUCGACAUCACCAACAAGUCUCUGGUCUACAUAGUAGGCUUGCAGCUGUUGACUUCUGGUCCCUUCAUGUGGCUCCUUGCACUCAGUGGACUGAUCUCCGGUGGACUCUACCACUCCAAUGUUCUCUGGUUGCAGAAGCUCCUCUUUGUACCCGCCUGGGUGUCUUGUAUUGGGCGUUAUAUUCUGGAGCCACUCUUCUCAAGCUCCCAACCGAGCAGUGAGACGCCCCUGGGGAUGGGUGCCACUCUUGACAUCCAAAGGCAGCAAAGGAUGGACAUACUCGAUCAGCAGCUGCUGCUGGCCCAAUACAACGAGUCCACGAGGAACACUAGACAACAGCCACAGUCUGGGUUGUUACAGUGGACCAGGUUGUUCCCCUCCCUCAGACAAAGAGGACAGAACCGGCCCCCGAUGCAGGCCCGCCCCCAGGCUCAGCCACAGCCAUCCACACAGCCACCUCUAUUGGACAACUCUCCUGUCGCAGAGGAGCAGGUUGCACUGUUGGUGGAAAUGGGCUUUUCUAGGACUGAUGCCCUCGAGGCCCUCAGAGCUUCAAACAACGACAUCAACAUGGCAACCAACUUCCUCUUGCAACACUGAGAGAGAGAGAGAGCUCAGUGAGAAAAACAGAGGUGGAUGAGGACAGAGACAGAGAAAACAGAAGGAGUAACAACAAGCAAAAUGGAUAGAAAAUGAAAGACAGUUAAUGAUGGAGAAUUUGUACAGAUAAUGUGAAGUCUGUGUCACUGCUUGCUGGAGCGGUUGUCAGGCGGCCUCAACCUGAGCUGAGCCCGAUAGCAGGCUGAUUAAUGAAGAGGUGUGAAGCACAAAGUGGAAGACAUUUGCGUCAUAGCUUUCUGAUGGCCGUCAUGGUGUGAAACAUGUCGUUGCUUAAGGCAGACGACAUAGACCUCUAACUCCAAGGGGUUCCCUAUCGAAAAUAUAUAGAAACCAAACCGGGGUCUUCAGUGCAGUGGAGGAAAUAUAAAGUGGGUUAUUUCUUUUAAAACAGACCUGAUGCUGAAGCACACACAUCAGCUAAGAUCCCACCCUCCCUCUCCACAGGGAUACCAACUUAUAGCUGUAAAAAAAAAAAACACUGUCAUGCACUGCUGCUCUACUUCCAUAAUGGCUACUACGUAACCAGCAUCUUAGACCCUCAUAACUGGUUUCAGAUGAUAAGUAUGACAAGGAAAACGGAUGAAGAAAAAGGGGCACAAGGUUUUUGAGACAAUGGAUCAGAGAACAUUAUGUCAUCUGUCAGGUUUUCAUAAGUAGAGAGUAAAGGACUUAGAUUUUAAGCCAUCUGCUCAUGGGUAUUAUUUUUGAAUUUUGAUUCUUUUUUUUUUUACCGAGACAAUAGGAGUGAAAUUAGGAAUGCAGCACCUGCUAGCGGUUUAUGUUUAACUCCACAAGAAGUUGCAGAGGUCAAGAUUACAACUUCAGAAUGUAUAAUUUCCAUGAACAAUAUAACCUACUUUACCAUGAUUUUAUUACACAGUUAUUUCUUUAUGUUGGCAGUGUUUCAUGGAAGUAGCAGGCUUCAGCUCUUUCCUGCUUGAGGUGUUUUAGCAAAGCAGUUAGUGACUGACCGCUACUGUAGGAGCAACGUUUCUUCCGUUGGUAGCUCUACGAGUAUUGUUGGUGACAGACAGCUAUCUCAGGGUCUAUGAGGCGCCUUUUUCUGUUAAUGACAUAAUCACAUUUACAGACAUGAGUGCCCAUACACACAUGCACAGUAGCAUUCGAGGAGGAGGUCAUGUUUUGUCAUUUCAUUAACACACUCUUCAAGGUUUUAUUUAUUCAGUCCUAAUUAAGUUAGUCUUUUCUUUGCCAGCACAUGUGUCUGGAUCAUAGCAAGUCCUAAAAGACAGAUGAUAUUUAUUAUACAAUAUCAUAACAAGAUACAUGUAUGGAGACUAUGCACUGCAUAGUAACUACUUUAUGUAUAUAAACAUGCAAACAUUUUGUGCAAGAGAAGUAACAUUGCAGCCACUAUGUAUUGAUGUCAAAGACAGAUGCUAGUUUUAUAUUUUGUGAGUAAUAAUAUUGAUAAUAUAUGACCACUGAGAUGAGUCUGUCAUUGUGUGUAUGUAUUUCUUAGAGUGAUAUAAUAACCUAUGGGUGUGAUGAGGGAGUUGUUGCAUGGACAACUUUCUGAUGAACUGUAAUGAAUCAUAUUUGAUCUGUGGAAUAAAUCAACUUGAAACGCA